ACACUAAAGACGAAGAAGAAUUUUCAAAUUAAACAGCGGUUGUUUUUUCUUCUUGUAGUUCCAGCCCAGCCCAGCCCAGCCCGUUAAAAAUCUUGGGUUUGUUUUUGAUGGAACAAAAGUGAUUUUCUGGUGUAGAUGGUAACUUACUGUUGUCCAACUGUACACGAUAACUUCCAGCUAACGUUAUUGCUGUUCCUAUUGCUGAAAAUAUGAAGAGAACUAAAUUUGAAUUAAAAGAAGCUACCGCACCUUCACAUUUUAACGUCGGCUUGAAGCCUCCCAACAAUGCCCACAGGAAAAAGCUCACAGCUCUGGCUUCCAAAGGACCUUCAUCUAGACUGGAGGCAGAGCUAAGCGACCAGAAGCGGCUUUUGGAAGCAUUUAACGGAGACCUGCAAAAAAAUCUUUUGCAGUCCAAGGAAAAAAUUGACCUGCUGGAGCAGCAGUACGAGGAUCUUAAAGGAGAAAAGAAUGAGAUCCAGAAACAACUGGAGAACUGCCUUCAUUUGCUGGUUGCAGGCAAUAUUGACCUGGAUUUAGGUGAGAAAAUCGCUGAAACAACCCAACAAAAGGAGGAGCAACGGAAAGAAGUGCAGAGCGUGUCUCAAGAGUUGAUGGGGGAGUUGCAGACAUUUGGACAAAAGCUUUCAGAACAUCGAGCACAGGUCCAGCAGGUGCAGGAAAGAAUGAAGGAUCUGAGAGAAAAGCGUGAGCAGCACGUGGAGGAGAGAGAGGCCUUCUCUCUGGAAGUGGAUGAAAUGGAGAAGGCUCUGGAGCAAGCGGAGCAGCUGCUGGUGGGAAUGUAGAUGUGUGGUGCAGGGGGGUGAUGUAUGUAUGUAUUUUGUUUUGUACAGGCCUGAAACUUAAUAAAACAUGUUUUUAUCAUA